AUGGAGGCAAGUGACCGUGCUUCAGGACCGACCGCGGGGUCGAAGUCCGAGGAGAGAACAAAACAAAACGGGCCGCGGUCCAAGAAGGAGGAUGCGAGUGAUUCAUCCACUUCAACCGGCUCAAAAUCGGCCUCUCGAUCUUCUAGUGCCACAACGAUGUCCCCCGACGAUGCAAAGCCUGCUGAUGAUAGCGCGUUGGCCCAAGAGAACGGAGUCGCGCCCAAGCCGUCGCGAAAGUCAUCAAAACUUCCUCCUCGCAACCCGCCACAGCUAUUCAAUCACCUGCCAGAUGCUACAGAAGAAGCAUGUCGCACGUUCCAGGUCAUCAGCGACUGCCUUUACGGCUCUCGAAACAUGGGGUCAUCGGACCAUGAUGCGUUAGAUUGUGAUUGUGCUGAGGAUUGGCGCGACGGCAAGAACCACGCCUGCGGUGAAGACUCGGACUGUAUCAAUCGUGCGACCAAGAUUGAGUGUGUUAUUGGCGACUGCAAUUGUGGCGAAGGUUGUCAGAACCAGCGCUUCCAGCGCAAGCAGUAUGCCAAAGUCUCCGUCAUCAAGACUGAGAAGAAGGGCUAUGGUCUCCGGGCAGACACUGAUCUACAGCCGAACGACUUUAUCUACGAGUAUGUCGGCGAAGUUAUUAACGAGCCGACGUUCCGGAGUCGGAUGCUCAAAUAUGACAAAGAAGGGAUCAAGCACUUCUACUUCAUGUCGUUGACGAAGAAUGAGUUUGUGGAUGCAACCAAGAAGGGCAAUCUGGGCCGUUUUUGCAAUCACUCAUGCAACCCCAACUGCUACGUCGACAAAUGGGUGGUUGGAGACAAACUGCGGAUGGGCAUUUUUGCCGCGCGGUACAUCAAGGCUGGAGAGGAGCUGGUGUUUAACUACAAUGUUGACCGCUAUGGUGCCGACCCCCAACCAUGCUAUUGCGGUGAGCCGAACUGUGUCGGCUUCAUUGGUGGCAAGACGCAGACAGAGCGUGCAACCAAAUUGCCGCUCGCCACCAUCGAGGCGCUUGGCAUUGAGGAUGGUGACAGCUGGGAUACAACUGUCGCCAAAAAGCCCCGGAAGAAGAAGGCGUCCGAGACUGAUGAGGAAUAUGUCAACAGCUUACAGCCGAAGGCCCUUGACGAGGAUGGAGUCAACAAGGUCAUGGCCACACUCAUGCAAUGCAAGGAGAAAUGGAUUGCUGUCAAACUUCUCUCUCGCCUUCAGGCUACUCAAGACGAUCACUUGCGCCAUAGAGUGGUGCGGAUGCACGGCUAUCAGAUCCUGAAGAGCACGCUCAAUGCCUUCAAACACGACAACAACGUGGUUUUGCAGGUUCUAGACAUCUUAUACAACCUUCCCCGUAUCACUAAGAACAAAAUCUCCGACUCAAACAUCGAGGCAGUUGUGCAGCCUCUUGCCUCAUCAUCGGAUGAGCGUGUGGCCUUCGAAGCCAAGCGGCUGCUUGAGGAAUGGGACAAGUUGGAAACAGCUUACCGCAUUCCACGCAAGAAGGACGGCCGCGUGGUGUCAGCGAUCGCUAAUUCAUUCGAGGAAGAACGGCGUAGCAAUCGCGAGGAGCCCACAAAGCCCGCGGACCCUCUUGCGAACGUGGUGAUCCCGACAGGUCCCCGCAGCAACAUCCCUCAACGAAAUGCCAACUAUUACAAUGGAGUGAGACCUCGGAAGCCCCCGACCAAUUUGCCGGAGGGCUGGUUUGUCACUGUGGAUAAGAAGACUGGCAAAUACUACUUUUACGAUGUCAAUGGCAAGGUUCAGUGGCAACGCCCCACUGCCCCUGCUAUCACAACCCCCAAGCCAUCCGUCAAGGCUCAGCAGGACCAAAAAGCCCUGCAGGACAUCAUUGAUAGCUUAACGAAGGAGCCAACCCCGCGUCAAUCAGCAGGUCAUACUCCGCAGCGGUCUAGCACUCCUGCAACGGAGCCGAAGAAGGAGAAGUGGCGUUCUCUACCAAUCGAGAAGCAGAUGAAGAUCUAUGAGAACACACUCUUUCCUCACGUCAAGUAUGUCAUGGACAAGUUCCAUGGCAAACUGCCCAGGGAAGACCUUAAGAAGUUCGCGCGCGAUGUGAACAAGAAGCUUGUUGCCUCGGAUUACAAGCACAAUAGAGUCCAGGACCCGACGGUUCCCCUCUCGAGCAAGCAGGCGAAGAAGGUCCGCAAGUAUGUCUACGACUUCUUUGACCGCGCACUGCAGAAAUACCUCGAGUAUCAAAAGAGAAAGGCACAGUACACCUCGAAGGAGGGCAUGCAAUCUUCCCAGACAGAGCAGAACACCGCGACGCCCACUGGGACUCUGGGCAAGGAUGUCGAUGAGGUCAUGUCCGAUGUGGAGGCCCCCAACAGCAGCCCUCAGAGCACCAGCUCGGCCGGACGCAAGCGUAAGCGCGACGACGACCAGGAUGGUGAUCACGACAUGCGCUCCCCUGCAGACGAGGAUGCCGCUACCUCAUCCGACCCGCCGUCUGUGAAACGUAUCAAAGAAGAUGACGGCACUGGCAACGAUGUCAUCCCAAGCCCGCCUCCACCACCUCCUCCCCCGGCUGAAAUCCCCAUGACUGAGGAAGAGAGGUCUAUGCGCGAGCAGGAAGAGGCUCUAAUGCGCGAGAACGAGGAGGCCCAACGUUUGGAGGAUGAGGCGAAGAGGAAGCAGCUAGAGCUGCAGAACGGGCUCGCAGCUGCCAAGAACGCUGGUAUUGAGCUCGGGUCAGCGUCGUUUACCGUGUCUGGUGAGCCGAUGGACGUGGAUAAUGAUGGGCCGCCGCCGCAAGAACAGGCACAGCAGCAGAAGCAAGCUGUGAUGAGCCAUUGA